CACCUACUGUACGCAUUUGCUCUCUCAAACUUGUUUCUCUAUAAAUAAACAACUCAACUUCCCUACAGCAGCAAGCAAGAGAGAUCUCAGUAGUUUUUGUUUCCCCUGUUCCCUGCCCUGUUUAAGCGCCGAUUCCCAAAUCUCCCGCCCGUACAAUGAAACCGAGAAUUUGCCGCCGCCGCGGUCCCCGGAAUCAAUGCUGGUUACGCUUCUGCAUCACGGCUGUCUGUUGCGCCGCCGUCAUCAGUAAUAUGACGGCGGUGGAGGGGCAGAGUACCGGUAGUAGCAGUAAUAACGCGACGGUGGUGGUGACCAUCGGGGUGAUUCUCGACUUGAACCGAACCGACUUUGUCGGGCAGGUGGGCCUGAGCUGCGUGGAAAUGGCGGUGUCCGAAUUCUACGAUUCGCACCCGGACUACACCACCCGCCUCGCCAUCGCCACCAGGGAUUCACAACGAGACGUUGUUCUGGCCGCCGCCUCAGCCCUGGAUUUGAUAAAGAACGUGCAAGUCCAAGCAAUCCUCGGCCCAGAAACAUCAAUGCAGGCUAACUUCCUCAUCCCCUUAGGAGAAAAAGCCCAAGUCCCCAUCAUCUCCUUCUCCGCAUCAAGCCCAACCCUCGCUUCCAUUCGCAGCCCAUACUUCUUCCGCGCUACACAAAAGGACUCCACCCAAGUCAACGCCAUCGCCGCCAUAGUCAAGGCCUUCGGCUUACCGCAGCGCCAUUUCCCCUUCCGCCACCGACGAUCAGAUCGGUCAAGAGCUCUACAAGCUCAUGACCAUGCAGACUCGCGUCUUCGUCGCCCACGUGUCUCCCCAUCUCGC